CUGGGUGUAAGGGCAAUGCUCUUUACAGCAAAACCUGGCAAAAAACAAAACACCUGGGUGUCCGAGGUGCUAGCGCCCCGUUGCCACUUGUCAGCGAACGCCACUGCAUGUGUGGACAGAAUGAAGGACCUUUAUGGAUUUAUUGUUCAUGACUGGGUCCCACAAGAUGCCACAGGACCAUUGGAUGAACCCUCAUCAGCCCCAGUUCAACCACCAGUUGGACCAGUAGCUCCACCAGAUCCCCAGCAAACCCCAGUUUCUUUAGAAAAAGAUGACAUUGCGGAAGAAGGCUGUCCAGCUCCCAGUGCAGUGCUGCAAUGGAAAAGGAAAGAAAACAUGGCCGCUGCCAGUCCGUCAGACUCGGUGGCUUCACUACCCAGAAAUGUAGUCAUCAAAACGGAGCCAGAAGCCGAGGAUGGCCCCCUAUUCGGCCCGGAGGAUGUGCCGGUUAAGCGGGAGCCCGUCGUCCAGCUCAUGGCCCCGGUCAGCGGGCUGCAGCCGCUCGCCUGGUCGCAGGACCACCGCCUGGCUGUGUGCACCACCAGCUCCCUGGCGCUGAUGGAGCUGGUGUGCGAUGUCCACAGCAACAAACAGGACCUGACGCUGCAUAGGACGUCAAUCCCCAUCCCGACCGAAUCGUACAAAUUGCGGGUUGGACCAGCAGCAGAGCUAGCUCAAGCGAUGGAGAAGUUCUCUACGCAUCCGGACCCCGCAGUAAGGCAAGUUUUCCUGGCCGACCGAGUGAUGAACCCAUCAGUAGGAGUGCACAAAGGAAUAAAAUAUGCCAGUUGGUCUCCGUUAGGUUGUGACUCAAGUGGACGCUGUCUGCUUGCUUGCCUAACACUUGACCACAGACUUACCAUUCAUAACAGCCACAAGCGUCUCGAGUGGAACAUGCUAGUUGAUCUCACCAAAAAGUACAGUGAGAGGCUAAAAGAGCGAGGCUACGCCAAAAAAGACAACAAGCCUCCGCAGGAAAACCUGCUGGACUUUGAUGAGCUGCAGCGGCGUUUCCGCAUGCAGACUCCUUUGAGGAUGGAGUGGUCGAGCGUUUACACGAUCAAACAGGUUCAGCCAGACAACGCGUGCAAAGACAUGGAGAUGGUCCUCCUCGCCGUCUUAAUGGAAAACGGUGACCUUGUUUUGUGGAAGUUUGUUUUGCCCUUCACAAACGGGGCAGAUGUCAUGUUUUAUGACAUAGUCGAAUCAGGUGUGACUAGACCCAGUGACUUGGCGUGGUGGGAGUAUGAAAGCGCAGAUCGCCGGAUGAGCGGACUGAUCGUUGGCAGCGAGGUGGGACCGGUCAAGAUCAUGCCGGUCAGCCUGUCAGGAGUGAAGGGCUACUUCACCCUCCGACACCCCGUAAUCCUCUGGAAGGAGUGCGAUGAGAUCGCCGUUGAAAACAUCAAAUGUGUCCCGAUGAUCCACCCGAUCCAAAAGUCCAAAUGCAGCCUCAUCGUGGCCUCACGCGGAUGCUACGUCUUUUGGUGUUUGCUCAUGAUUUCACCGGCCGGACUAAAUGUACACAACUCUCACGUGGCGGGGCUGCACUCGCUCCCUGUGGUCUCGCUAGCGGUCAGUCAGCAUGGUGUUGCGGUGUACACAUGUUCCAUAGAUGGGUGGAUAAAAAAGCUGACACCAACAUUUACAGAGAACACUUUGAUUUUCAAACAGGAGGACAUGUCGAGACCUGAAAACAUAACAGGAAGAAGGAUACACGGGAUCGCAGUGAGCCACAACGGAGCGUACAUUGCACUUGCCAGUACACAAGGUAUGGUCGGCGGCUACCAUCCAAUUAACAGGACCUACCAGGUUCACUUUGUGACCCUGAAAACGCCAGAGAUGGCUGCUGCACUGCUGCUCAAGUCCCCCACGCAGAACUUGUACAAACUGGCUGACCUGCUCGAUCUCGUCAGGUGGCAAAUUUUGAAAAACAAGUGCAUCCCUGCGUCGCUGCUGGAGGAGCUUGAUCAAAAGAUCCAGGAAGUAGACUCGCCCUACCUGUGGCGUUUCAAGCUCUUUUUGGUGCGUAUGCUUUACCAGUCACUACAGACGCCUCCGACAGAUCACUGCUGGAAGCCCACGCACAAGGAGAGCAAGGUGUUUGUCAGGGACGAGGAAGAGGAGGACGGACAGGACGAAGAAGAUGCCGCACAAGUGGAUGGCGAGCCUGGGGGAGUAAAACAGGAGGCCAGUCAGGAGGAGCAAAUGGCGGAGGUGCAGGCUUGGAUCAACGCUGUAGAGACUCACCUGAUGAGAGAGAACAUAAAGAAGGUGCUGGGGGUGGUGUACCUCAACACCUGGAUCGCUCAGAACACCAGCAUACCCACCUGUGGCCUGGUGGACUACCUCUCCAGAGACCCUAACGACAGAGCUUCAGAGGUCCUGAUCGGCCACAUCAAGAAGAAGAUGAACAAGCAGACGUUCUCCGAGCGCUGCAGCCUGUGCCAGGAGGUGCUUCCCUUCUCAGACCACAAACAGGCGAUCUGCAAAAACGGUCACAUGUGGCUCAGGUGUGUGUUGUCAUACCAGGCCUGCCAGACGCUGACGUUCAGACGUUGCCUCCUGCUGGAUAGCAUCGCAAGACUGCCAGAGCCUGAGGAUCCAGAGUGGAUAAAGAAGAUACUGCAGGCGCCCUGCACGCUCUGCGACUCGCCGAUGAUCUAGAGCCGAUCGACCGGAGGAACCUCAGGGCUUCCCUGCGACCUUCAGAGCAUGUCGCUCUAACGCAGGGUCCAAUUUUGUCAGACAUCACUGCUACAAUUUUUUAUUUUAUGUAUUUUGUUCAUGUUUUUAUUACUUUAUAUUGGUAUCUUAAAAGUUCAAAUAAAAGGCUUUGAUUAUA